AUGGAUGGGCCAAAGGAUUCCGACGACGAAGAUCGGGUACACCCGCGCGUAGUUAUCCACAUCGAUAUGGACUAUUUUUACGCUCAAGUAGAAGAAGUGUUAAAUCCCUCCCUGAAGGAUAAGCCGUUCGCGGUGAAGCAACGGUUUUGCGUUGUAACCUCGAACUACAUCGCGCGUCAGUAUGGCAUAAAAAAGCUCCAGCCAGUUAAGGAUGCUCUCGUCCUGUGCCCUGAGCUAGUGCUGGUCAAUGGAGAGGACUUAACGAAGUACAAGGAAAUGUCGGUGCGUAUAAACGAAAUCAUGCACCGAUUUACGCCGCACGUCGAGAAAUUGGGUCUCGACGAAAACUACCUCGACGUCACUGAACUCGUGAGCGAAAGGCUUGAGCAGCUAGAAACUAAUUCUGGUGGCCGUGAUCUCAAGGAGCUGAACUAUGUUGAGGGUCUAAUCCAUCCUCCACCCGAAAGAGAUGCAUCGCAGAUGGCCUCGCCCCCGGAAACCGAUCGCGACGUUUUCCUUCGAUGUUGCUGUUGUGGCUGUGAACGAAGACUGAUACUGGCAACACAUUUAGCAAAAGAGAUACGAGAUUGCAUAUUUAACGAGCUGGGGCUACGUUGUUGUGCCGGAAUCGCCCACAACAAGUUGUUGGCAAAGCUAGUCGGAGCGGUCAACAAGCAAAAUAAACAAACAGUUCUGCUACCGACGAUGGGAAGCACCUUCGUAGCAUCGCUUGGUUCGGUGCGCAGCCUGACUGGGAUUGGAGAAAAAACCGCCCAAACGCUGGCCGACUGUUGUGGUAUUAGCACCGUGACGGACCUGCAGAACGUCGAGCUGGACCGGUUAGCGAAACAUCUCGGGCAUGAGCAGGCAGUACGGUUGAAGCAGCUCGCGCUGGGCAAGGACAAUACCCCCGUAAAGCAGACAGGCAAACCCAAAUCUGUCGGUCUCGAGGAUUCCUGCCCGUCGAUAUCGGUGCGCGCGGACGCGGAAGAAAAAUUUCGCCAUUUGCUCGUGCGGCUUGUGAAAAAUAUUGCCGAGGACGGUCGAGUUCCUAUCGCAAUAAAGGUGACAGUGCGGAAAUUCGACAUGGCCAAGCGAACAACGCAUCGAGAAUCGAAGCAGGAUAAAUUGUUGCCUUCCAUGUUCCGGCACGCCAACGGACGGCUGGGUUUAGCAGACGGGUCGCAGGAGAAAAUUCUCGCCAUCGUCAUGAAAGUGUUCGAGCGAAUGGUCGAUCUUCGUCAGCCGUUCAACAUCACGCUGCUUGGCUUGUCGUUUUUCAAAUUUCAAGAGCGACGAAUCGGCAGCAAAUCCAUCGCUAAUUUCCUGAUUAAAAAGUCGGACAUCGAGGUGCAGUCGAUCACUAAUCUGAGCAACGAAUCGAUCACCCUUAGCGACAUCAGCUUCUGCUCGAACAAAUCCACACUGUCGGCUAUGGAGUGCGAACCGUGCUGUUCCUCGGAUGCUGGCUCGCUAGCUUCCCUCUCAGGUUCCGAGUCGGAUGUGGAACCGUCGCCUAAAAAGUCCCGCCGGUUGGUUUUCUUGUCGCGUCGUCACGAAUCUGCGCCGGAACGGCGAGUCGAAAACAUGGAACCAGAAGAAACAACACUCAGCAAGUUGCGUGUGGCCGAUCUGCGAUUGAAUUCCAAAGAAUACGAUCACGAGCAUCCUUUCACCGCAGGGACCGCAGUAGGCUCACCUAUGGAUGUUUCCACUCAAAGCGGUCCACCUAAGAUGUCUUUCUUUAAAGAGCGUCUGGCAACACCCAUCGAUACCGUCCGGGACUAUGCAGAUCGCAAAGCAACAUCCAGCAACGCAAGUCUAGCCAAUGCGAACAUCACCACCGGAUGCACUAGAAUGGAGGUGAAUGUUUCACCGCCGACAAAUAGUGCAUCUACCAACAGCACUUUUUGCAUUGCCAAGGAUCAAUCGGUAAACCAUAUUCAUAGCAAAAGUACAAGCAACCUCCCUCCAAACGUCGAUCCGGAAGUAUUCCAUGCACUGCCGGAUGAUGUCCAGCAAGAGCUACUUAGCAAUUGGGCAAGCGCAGCCAGUGCUUCGAUGGACACCCACAGCACGAGCACCGGAGCCGGAACGAGUAGUACCGUGAUUAGUAGUGUGAGCGUUAGAUCUGGCAGUGUUAGCCCAAACACUGCCCACAAUCUCUCGAAUACCACUGUAAGCAGUAGUAGCAGUAAUAGUAGUAAUAGUAACGCCGUAGUAGCCCCUUCAAACGCUGCCACAACGAGUAAGGGUAGCGCUAAAAACACUUUACAUCGCUACUUCGUUAAAAACACGUAGCAUUGUUAUCUCGUUGUAUCGAUCAAACCUCAUAGU